AUGGGGGUUUGGCUAAAGAAACCCGAGAAUGUAGCCGGAGCAUCAUGGCCGGCCAUUGCUAUCUCUAGCUUCGUCGCCUUCGGAGGUAUCUUGUUUGGAUAUGAUACAGGCACCAUCAGUGGCAUCCUUGCUAUGCCGCACUGGCAGGAUCUUUUCUCAACCGGCUACAGAGACGCUACCGGACAUCUCAACAUUACUUCUAGCCAGUCAUCUGCUAUUGUCUCCAUCCUAUCGGCCGGAACAUUCUUUGGUGCUCUCUGUGCGGCUCCCCUGGGAGACUCCAUCGGUCGUCGAUGGGGCUUGAUCGCCUCCAGCUGGGUAUUCAACUUCGGUGUGAUUUUGCAAACAGCUGCUACUUCCAUUCCGCUAUUCCUUGCGGGCAGAUUCUUUGCUGGAUUUGGUGUGGGCUUGAUUUCCGCGCUGAUCCCUCUAUACCAGUCUGAAACGGCGCCAAAGUGGAUCCGUGGUUUCAUCGUCGGUUCUUACCAGCUAGCCAUUACCAUUGGUCUACUGUUGGCCUCAGUGGUCAACAAUUCCACUCACAGUCGGAAUGACACCGGCUCUUACCGCAUCCCAAUCGCCGUGCAGUUUGCAUGGGCCAUUGUGUUGAUUAUUGGAAUGCUUGUCUUACCCGAGACCCCCCGGUACCUUAUCAAAAAGGACAACCAUGAGAGAGCCACCAAGAAUCUUGCGAAGCUUCGACGGCUACCUGAAGAUCAUCCCGCAGUCAGAGAAGAGAUUGCUGAGAUUCAAGCAAAUCACGAUUACGAAAUGAGCCUCGGCCAGCCCAGCUAUCUCGAAUGCUUCCAAGGCAAUUUGGGAAAGCGGCUACUCACCGGUUGCGGCCUUCAAGCUCUACAGCAAUUGACCGGCAUCAACUUUAUCUUUUAUUACGGCACCCAGUUCUUCAAAAACUCCGGAUUCGAGAACGAAUUCAUCAUCAGUCUUAUCACGAACUGUGUUAACGUGGUUUCGACUAUUCCCGGUCUCUACGCCAUUGAUAAAUGGGGGCGCCGGCCAGUUCUCCUACUCGGUGCUGUCGGCAUGUGUAUCUCUCAGCUUCUGGUCGCUGUCCUGGGAACGACGACGACUGGCCAGGAUGCCGCUGGCAACAUUAUUGUGCAAAACGCAGCGGCGCAAAAAGCUGCGAUAGCAUUCAUCUGUAUCUUCAUCUUUUUCUUCGCUGCGUCCUGGGGACCUAUUGCUUGGGUUGUUACUGGUGAAAUUUUCCCUUUGAAGAUUCGUGCUAGGAGUCUAUCCAUGACCACCGCCACUAAUUGGCUGGUCAACUGGGCCAUCGCUUACUCUACCCCGUACCUGGUGAACUAUGGCGCGGGCAAUGCCAACCUGCAGUCGAAAAUCUUCUUCGUCUGGUUCGGAUGCUGCUUCCUUUGCAUUGGUUUCGUCUACUUCAUGAUAUAUGAGACCAGAGGACUUUCCUUGGAGCAAGUGGAUGAGCUGUACUCCGAAGUCAGCAACGCGCGGAAAUCAGUUGGCUGGAAGCCAACUGUCACCUUCACGCAGAUUGUGAACCAAAAGCGAGCAUCGGUCAGCCAGAGCCAUGAUGAGCAUGCCGUGGAAGAGAAAGCUUAG